AUGCAGUUUGGUCCUCCGGAGGUUCGAGCUACCCUUGAACGCCAUCAUAAACGACGACAAAUAAAUCCAAAGGCGGACGAUGCAGGGGGUGAAGCACUCCUCAAUAUGGUCGCGGACGUUCAAGAGAGCAUCCGCUUGAAUUCUGGCGGCAAUGGCUCGGAAUACCCUUCGUUCGUGAAUCCCGAAGAUCCGUCAAUGGAGAUGCGAGUGCUCUACAAGGAGAUUUGGGAUUGGGCUAAGGCAAUCCUAGCGGAGGAGGAUGGGGUAGAUCUGACCCACCCACCAAAAGGUCCGAAAUACCCCAAAUUUCAAUGGACCAAACGUCGGGGAAGUUGGAAGUCGAUGUCAGUUAAUCCUACAUCGAACUCCAGAGCUAUUGCAUCCACCUCAUCCACCUUGACCAGCUCGUCAAACCAUGUGUCCCACCAUGCCCCAACAAGCACCCGUACGGACAACCGACACUCAAGUCUAGCACCCUCAAUGUCCCAUCAUGUAGGCUCCUUUGCAACUGUGGCCAAGAAUCGAUUGUAUCCUCCUUUUUUGGGUCAAGGCCCCCCCACUUCAGUCAAUCCCGCCGCCGGUCAAACUCUUUCUUGCCCAGUUAGUUCCACCCCAGCCUGGAUCCCACAACCUGCUGUUGUCAUGAACACCAGUCCAAUCCCUGUGGCUUCAGACAACCCAAUUAUCCCUCGUGCAGCUGCAAACCAACAUUCUUGUCCCCCUAUCUCCCCAUCGAUGGAGGCGGUGACCAUGGAUCAGUACUUGGAAAUUGCGCGAAUCAAACCCGGCAACGAUCUCACCCGAGGCAGACUCAUGAUGCUAGGCAUCACUCACUGGUCAUUUUUCCGCUCAACAUCAUUCGAAGCUCUUGUGGGCUACGGAUUCCCACCUGGAACGGCCUACCUGCUUUCUGAGGGGGUAGCCAGACUCGAAGAUCACUUCAAUUGGGUGAUUUGA